ACCCCAGGACGGGCAGCGCCAGCACCGCCCGCCCCCGCCGGCGUCCCGGGAUCCCUGCGCAGACACCCCCUUCCUCUCGCUCUCGGCGCUCCACCCCUCCCGGAAAGUAGAUCCGGCCAGGCAGACAAAAGUUUGGGAGAGAAGUUCGGUCCGUGUGGAGCGUGAGAGCGAGGGGGGCGGGGGCCGGGCAGAGCGGGGCGGCCGGGCGAGUGGACUCGGGGACAGGCAGACCGGCGGACGGGACAGCCGCGGCCGUACGCCCUUCUGGCCCCGCUUGGCUCCUGGUGCGCGGGGGGAAGCAGCCCCUCUCGCCGGGGGAUGCUGCGGGAUUCCCGGCGCCGGGCAUCCGGGCCGCCCACUAGACCCCUGUGCCCACCCCGUGCCCCCGGGGAACCGGAGUCCGGCCGCGGGCAAAGAGAAGCGGCCGCCGAGACGCUGCAGGGUGCCGGGCGGGGAGGGGACUGGAGGCCCCUGGCCCGAGGGCAUGGAGCGGUUAGGGGAGAAAGCUAGUCGCCUGCUGGAGAAGUUAAGGCUCUCGGACUCCGGCAGCGCCAAGUUCGGCCGCAGAAAGGGUGAAUCCAGCCGGUCUGGGUCUGAUGGGACCCCCGGGCCGGGCAAGGGGCGCCUGAGUGGGUUGGGGGCUCCUAGGAAAUCAGGGCCCCGCGGAGCUACUGGGGGACCUGGGGAUGAGCCGCUGGAGGCAGCCCGGGAGCAGGGCCCCCUGGACGCUGAGCGGAACCCGCGCGGCUCCUUUGAGGCGCAGCGCUACGAAGGCUCCUUCUCCGGGGGGCCGCCUCCCACCCGGGCCUUGCCUCUACCUCAGUCGUUGCCCCCCGACUUUCGGCUGGAGACCACGGCCCCAGCUCUAAGCCCCCGCUCCAGUUUCGCCAGUAGCUCAGCCAGCGACGCCAGCAAGCCGUCCAGCCCGCGGGGCAGCCUGCUGCUGGAUGGGGCGGGAGCAGGCGGAGCCGGAGGUAGUCGACCCUGCAGCAACCGUACCAGCGGCAUCAGCAUGGGCUACGACCAGCGCCACGGCAGCCCCCUGCCCGCCGGGCCGUGCCUGUUUGGCCCACCCCUGGCUGGGGCUCCGGCGGGCUAUUCCCCUGGAGGGGUGCCGUCCGCCUACCCCGAGCUCCACGCUGCCCUGGACCGACUGUGCGCUCACCGCCCCGCGGGGUUCGGCUGCCAGGAAAGCCGCCACUCCUAUCCUCCGGCCCUAGGCAGCCCCGGAGCUCUAGCUGGCGCCGGAGUGGGACCCGCAGGGCCCCUGGAGAGGCGCGGGGCGCAGCCCGGACGACACUCCGUGACCGGCUACGGGGACUGUGCCGCGGGCGCCCGAUACCAGGAUGAGCUAACAGCGUUGCUGCGCCUGACGGUGGGCACGGGUGGGCGAGAAACCGGCGCCCGCGGGGAGCCCUCGGGGAUUGAGCCGUCGGGUCUCGAGGAGCCGCCGGGUGCGUUCGCCGCAGAGGCCGCCCGGGCCCGGAUGCGGGAGCCGGAGGCCAGAGAGGACUACUUCGGCACCUGUAUCAAGUGCAACAAAGGCAUCUAUGGGCAGAGCAAUGCCUGCCAGGCCCUGGACAGCCUCUACCACACCCAGUGCUUUGUCUGCUGCUCCUGUGGGCGAACUUUGCGCUGCAAGGCUUUCUACAGCGUCAAUGGCUCCGUGUACUGUGAGGAAGAUUAUCUGUUUUCAGGGUUUCAGGAGGCAGCAGAGAAAUGCUGUGUCUGUGGUCACUUGAUUUUGGAGAAGAUUCUGCAGGCCAUGGGGAAGUCCUAUCACCCAGGCUGCUUCCGAUGCAUCGUUUGCAACAAGUGCCUAGAUGGCAUCCCCUUCACAGUGGACUUCUCCAACCAGGUGUACUGUGUCACUGACUACCACAAAAACUAUGCUCCUAAGUGUGCGGCCUGUGGCCAGCCCAUCCUCCCUUCCGAGGGCUGUGAGGACAUUGUGAGGGUGAUUUCUAUGGACCGGGAUUAUCACUUUGAGUGCUACCACUGUGAGGACUGCCGGAUGCAGCUGAGCGAUGAGGAAGGCUGCUGCUGCUUCCCUCUGGAUGGGCACUUGCUCUGCCACGGCUGUCACAUGCAGCGGCUCAGUGCCCGUCAGCCCCCUGCCAACUAUAUCUGACCUGCGGUCACCGCUGCUGCCUUUGCCACCCCUGACAAACUCCUCUGGCCAGAGGGCCCCUCUGAGGCCAGCUGAGGCAAGGAAGGCACUCCUAGGCCAGGCAGAAGAGUCCUCUGGGGAGGGCCCCAAGGGCCAGAGACCCAAAGAUAAGACAUUCCAAAUGAACUGUGGAGAAGGAACCUUCCAUUGCCAUGGUGGGGUGACUGGCUUUCUUUCCGUGUGUGCAGCCCGUGCUGUAGCAUAUACUCAGGCAUGCACAGGCAGGUUCCAGUACUUUCUAGUCUGCAUCUCCAGUAUACAUUUAUGCAUAAGUCAAGCAAUGUUCUGGCUUUGAAUUAUAGGAAGAGAGGACACCAUAAACACUCCUCACUCUUGCACCCCUCAGCUAUAGGGUCAGCAGGGUCUUCCCACAGUACCUUAUCUCUGAAUCUGGAUGAAGAGGUAGAAACUGGACUUUAUUAAUGAGUUGUUUUUUGGCCACCUUUGCUCUAAGGACCAGUAGAGCUGCUCACUCGUGCUGGGAAGGGGGACAGCUCGGGGUGGGUCUGCUGCUUGUGUGGCCUGUUUCUCAGGGACUCACGUGGGCCUGGGAAGGCUAGGUGGGUGCCUAUACUGGCUUCCUCUUCUCUUCGGCUCGGGGAUGUAACAGGUGGAUCUUUGGGAGUGGGGGGCACUGAGCCCUCCAGCCCUGUUUAUACACACAGAGGCAUAUUUCACAGACACACACUCACUCCCUCGCUCCUUUCUUCUCGGGUCACAGUUACCCCAGUUCCCUCACAGUAGCUCACCACUCCAGACCUGCCACCCCACAGAGGGAUCCAGGAUUACAACCACUACAUCCCCUAAGCUCUGAGGUUCUGGGGAGCCAGAGGGGCAGCACACUUUGACCUGGUUCUAGUCUGUUUGUCUAAAAUCGGUCUCUUAAAGCAAAUUCACAGGAGACUUAAAUGCUUAAAGUUUACUUUGCUUUUUUCCAGUUGAGAAAAGAUGGUUUUAUUAAAAGCACAGAGACAAGACACUUGGGCAGAAAUUGCUGCCAAAGUUUACGUCACUUAAUGACCAGUUUGCCAAAAGUUCCAAUUCCCUUUGGAGUGUUUUUAUAGCCAUUUAGGGGUUCUGUUUCUAUGUUUUGGGUGUUUUAAGGAUUUGUAUCUAUUCAUUGAACAGUACUUCUGAUUUAUUGUUAACAUAAAUUUAUCAAAUUUGCAGCACUUUGUAAAUGAUGAGAUUGCUUCCUACCUUUAUGGACAUCUUUUCCUAUGUUAUCUACUUUUCAAAUGCUUUUCUAAAAAGUUUAAAGUUCCUAGCAAUAAAUAUAAUUGGUACAGAUAUUUCGUGUAUCAUUUUUUGUGUUUCUUAAUCAAAUAUUCCUUUACAAAUUAGGUGCCUUGGAUAAUGUAAUGGAGCUCAUGAUUUUGAUGCUUUGGUCUAACUUCUACAUUCCUGCAGUUAAAAAUGCCAAUGUAUUCUAAUGAACAAAUGAACAAGCAUGGGGCAUAUUCAGUUGGCUAAAAAAGUUUACAUAGACCAGAAUGAUAAAAAGUGAAAGGGUGAAUCUACUAAAUCCUUUUGAAAUGCUGCAGAUUUGAUAAAUAUUUUAGACUGUCUCUAGGUGAAUUGGUUCUAGGCAAAUUAAUACAAUAAUCUUAUAUCCUUUACUCUCUGUUGCUUAGAGUAACAUUGGAUAUGGUGACUCCCGAGAACAGAAAUCCUGCGUUUAGGGGUUAUUCUAAGGUGGCUGUGUCAGCCAAGCUGGAGUCACAGAGGCCUGUGCAUGAGUGUAUGAGUGAAAGGGAGAGCUCAUAUCUAUACCACUGACUGCCAGAGGGAUGCACUUUUUUUCGAGGGAUGAAUGUUCUGAAACUAGAUGACUUGGUCUACAGCUGAGAUUGCUUCUUCUGAAUUAUUAUUAUUAAAUAAGUGAAUUCAGAGACUGGGUAAUUUUCUCACCAGGCUGUUUUCUGCGCAUGCGAAUCCAGACAAACAUGUAUAUCUUUACGUCCAUCCCUUCUUUAACUCUUGGGGGGUCGUGUCCACUUCAACCUUUUGUUUUCUACUCUGAUUUCAGCCUCCCAUCUGUUGCUGACUGGCUGAUUCCUUUCUGGGUCUGCGCUCAUCUGUGCCAGCCCUGGAGCUCCCCAAGACUCUGUUCUUACCCCUGGGGCUACUCUCUCCCUCCUUCCCAAGAAAAAACAAGUGCUGAUGAGGCCAGGCCCAGGGAAGGCAGGCCGUGGCAGAGGAGCAGCCUCAGCCACCUCAUACCACUGGCAGGCUCCCAAGUGUGACUGCGUCACAAGAAUUUCCCUUCUUGUUCUCUGGGAGACUGUACAUCUGUACGUAUUAAAGGUUCUAUUUAAUAUCUACAACUGAUAGAUACCUGGGGCUCUGCAAAGGAGAGCGCAACAGGUAGACCUUAUUUGGCCAACUUACCACCUGGUUUUCAUCAACAGCCACUAGGCCUAAGAUGGGGAGAGGGGAAAUGGAAGGAUUACACAUCCAUUUUGUGUCUCUGGAUGAGUCACAGUACAGGGGUCAGGCUUUCACGGCCAACUUUGGCUCUUUGCUCUGGUCAGCCCCAUUGACUACAGGCUUGAACGUGGUUUGUGAAGAAUAAGGCUGGUGGUGGUUCUCUCUGCUCACUCCUUAGAGACCUGCUUCCCCCUUCACCACCUGGAGCUCUCUAGCCCAGGGAAAUGGUAAGAUUCCAUUUGUAAUCAGGAUAGAGACUGUCCUCAGUCGAGGAAGUAGAGAAAGCUAUUUUGAAGCACGUAAAGCCAGCUGGAUGAGGUCCUUGAGGUUGUACCUAAAAGGAUAUAACGAGAGACGGGAGACCAAUAGAACUGAGACAAAAGGAUUGGAAAAAUCAGGGAGCAAAAGCAUUUUCUUGUUUAGAAGGAUCUAGAGAAAAAAAAAAAAAAUGAAGAAGGAUCUAGAGCCCAGAGCUGGCCUGGGGUCAUCUGGAGCCCAAAUAUGAGGGGGCUCCAGAACAGGGAUAAUCUCUGUUCUCUCCAUUCUGCCUCACAGCAAAGGAAGACCUAAGAUAGCCUCUGCUGUGCCAAUUCCUGUUGUAGACCCCUUGGAAUAUCCACACUUGGCCCUGGUUGUGAAGAACUGAGGUUUGACCCUGGAAACAAGCCAAGUGACACUGGGAUGGAUGAAUUAGAGCAGUCUAACUGGUGUUUGGAGAGUUGUCAGAGGCAGAUUCUGUCCACCUACCCCUUAGAAAGGAUCACACUGCCCCAUGUGAAGGGAGCCAGGCGGCUACCCAAGCAGGGAGACGUGGGUUAGGAGAAACAUCUGCUGAAAGGUGCAGGUUAGGCUCGAAUGCUAGAGUUAGAGCCAAGCAGGGUGUGAUUUUAGAGAGAACCCAGUGACCUCAUUUGACCGAAGGAAGAAAUAGAAACUGAGUGAUAACAGCACUUUACCCAAGGUCAUGCAACUGGAAAAUGACUUUCCCACUUUUGAAGACUUAAGAAAGAGCUUAUUUCCCCCUCUUCCCUCCUACACCAGCCCUCAUCCUCAUCACAGGGACUCCCACAAGUAAAUUGUAAAUUCGAUCAGCUCUUCAUUAUGAUAGAUAAUUAAGGAAAGUUUUAGUGGGAAAGCCAGGGAAUUCAAGAGACAAUAAUGAAAACUUUUGGCUCUUACUAGUGCUUUUUUUUUUUUCUUCUUGCUAAUUUGAAUUAGAAAUAACCAAAGCACCUUUAAAAGCACAUUAGGAGGGACACCUGGGUGGCUCAGUGGUUGAGCAUCUGCCUUUGGAUCAGGGCAUGAUCCUGGAGUCCUGGGAUCAAGUCCUACAUCAGGCUUCCUCCAUGGAGCCUACUUCUCCCUCCACCUGUGUCUCUGCCUCUCUCUCUCUCUCUCUCUCUCUCUCUCUCAUGAAUGAAUAAAUAAAAUCUUUAAAAAAAAAAAAAGGCACAUUACAACAAGCAAAGGAAAGACGGCUGCAGGAGAGUCCCUGCCCUUGAGGAGGUCACCGUCUAGCCAGGGAGACAAAAUACACACAUAAAAUGCCUUGAGAAGAUUACAAGCAACAUGUCACCAAGUGCAAAGUAGUUGAGUGUUACAAACAAAAGACCUAAUGCUGCAAGGUACAGAUGACAGGGGGAGACUUUGUUGGACUUGGAUUGUAGAUCAGAAGGUGGCAGCCUAUAGACAAAUCCUGCUGCCGGCAAAUGCAUUCUUUGGCCCACUGGGAGUUAUUUUUUAUAAUAUUAAUUUGAACCCUCAUUAAGGAGGAGUAAAUGCCAGCUAACAAAUGUAGAAAGAAAUGAUAGAGUUGGACAAACAGCAUCUUAUGAACUUGAAUAAAAUUAUUGAUUCUGGUAAAGUGUAUUAAUUGGAGUUAAGAUGAUAAGUGAAAUAGUUUGCAGACAAGUGGACAUUAACAUAGUGCCAAGUAACCCAUCAGUUUAUGGUCUUGGCCUCACUAACCAGUCGACCAGUUCUGGUGUGAGGCAAGUAUAUAAUCCAACCUAGUGUGUAGUCUAGCUGUGCCCCACUUGUUUACAGGUUACAGUGCCUGUAGCUUACAGUUUACAGGCAGUGCUGGGAAUAAAGAAAGUAACAGAUGCUAGGAGGAAGCAACUAGACAAACCUAGGAGGGGAGGUGUUCUGCGGGGCAACUGGCCAACUCUCUUCAGUACGAUAUUUUUUUCUUUUUUUAAAAUUUAAUGUAUGUGCUGCCAAAGUGAGCGCAUCUUUUUUUUUUAAUUCAACUAACCAACAUAUAGUCAUCAUUAGUUUCAGAUGUAGAGUUCAAUAAUUCAUCAGUUGCAUAUAUUGCCCAGUCAUCACAGCACAUGCCCUCCUUUAAUGCCCAUCACCCAGUUACCCCAUCUCCUCACCCACCUCCCCCCCAGCAACCUUUAGUUUGUUUCCAAGUCAGUAUGGUUUUUAAAAAAUUCAGAACUGCUAGAUUAGAGAGACUUAAGCUAUCUGAUAAUGAUACAUGUGUGAUCCUGGAUUCCCUAUUGGUUUAAGCAAAUUGCUAUAAAAGGUAUUUGGAGUCAACUGGAAAAUUUUUUAUAUGGACAGGAGAUUAGUUGAAAGUUUACUGAGAUGGAAAGAUCAAAAUCAUUAAUAAAACGCCAGUUAUGAAACGA